CUGUACACACCAUUAGUCUGGGAGACCAUCAGCUGAGCCACAGAAGGGGUAACCUAACAGCCUCAGGAAGAGAGAACCAUGCAUUUAAUUAUGGAGUCCAGAGCACUAAUUAUCCUUUUAGUCUUCCUGCAAUUAUCCGUUUCCUCCUCACUUCCUGCCAGAAGCAAGCGCCACGUUGAUGGGAUGUUCACCAGUGAAUUCAGCCGCGCCAGGGGAUCAGCUGCUAUACGCAAGAUCAUCAAUUCUGCUCUUGCUGGGAAAAGGGAUGUUGAGGAGAAUUACCAAAUAGACACGCCAGAUGUGGACUAUCAGAAGAAAAUUCUAAAUGAACUUGUAUAUAACAGUCUACCAGAACUAAGGUCAGAGGAGAGGCAGCUGACAGAACAAGAAGCAGCAGAAGAUCUACUAUGUUCUGCCAUCCUGUAUAUGCUUUACAGGCCACCCUACCAGCCGCUACCCGCACACAGUGCUCAGGUACCAAAACAGCUCUGCUUAGACAGCAUCAAAUACAGCCUCUACACACAGUUUUUACUUUUUUGCUGUUUUUAA